AUGCGGGCUUCGGAAGCCCUGCGUGAUGGAAUGAAUAAAAGACUGACUACCGAUGAAGUGAAAACAAAAAUUAAGAGUAUUCGAAAUACUUACUAUUUGGAAAUCGAUAAAAUUGAAAAAUCUACAAGAUCUGGGGCCGGGGGGCACAUUUAUAAGCCAAAGAUAAUAUGGUUUGAUGAAUAUGAUUCAUUUGUGAAGCCUGUUACAGUGAGAAGAAAAACAACUGAUAACACAGACGACUCGCAUAGCGUAUCUUCACAUAUCUCAACACACGAACAAGGAUCAUCGUCGGUUAAUACACCGCGCUCGAAAAAGGGGGUAGAAAAUUAA